AUGUCUUUGCUCAGUUCCCUCGACACCUGGAUGCUUGCGCUGGUCGUGCUGUCAUUCUCCGGCGCGCUCCUUUGCAUAGCAUAUCCAGAUCGCCUCGUCACCACAAAUGCUCGCCCUGACCUCCCAGGUCCUACAGGACACCCUCUAUUUGGCAAUCUACUCCAAGCCAUUCCUUGGCAAGGCCGCAUCCUCGAUUGGUUCGACCACCUCCUGUCGAGCUAUGGCCCUUUCUGCACCUUCACACUACUGCCGUGGGGGAGAGGCAUACUCAUCAAUCGUCCCGAGUGGCUCGCCCACAUCAAACAAGCCGAUAUGAAGGCGUACUCGCGUGGACCAUACGCGAUCGAGAUCUUCACCGAGUUUCCAGGAGGGAGGACUCCUGUUGCCUCAGAAGGGGCUCAAUGGCGACUUGCAAGGAAGUCGAUUUACCCCAUCUUCACUGUCAAAUCUUUCACUGAGCACGUCUCGCAUGCCAUGAACGAGAUUGUGCCAAUGGCUCGAGCACUGCUACUUAGCGCGAGCAAGAGGGACGUGCCGAUAGAUUGGAGUGACUUCGCCGGUCGUAUCGCCAUUACCAUCUUUACACUUUCGCACAUGAACCACCAUGCCAACGUACUCCAGGGCGACGUCACUUGCUUAGACCGCGAUGAUCCACUCCGCGAUGCACUGGCUGUGCUCAACAGGGUUUCCGCGAAACGACUAUUCAACCCUGCGUGGCGCUUCACUGAGCUCCUCAAUGGCGAUCGUUUCCGUUUCUCCCGUGCUCGGUCGUACAUCCGCGGACUUGUCGACCAAAUCGUGCGCGCACGACAAGCCCAUGCCACCGAGAAGUCCAAGGAGACCGCGCCGGGUCAUGCCGACUUCCUCUCUGUGCUCCUGGAAGACCCUGCUUUCAACGAUCCUAUUCUCAUCCGUGACAUCAUGGUGACCAUGCUCUUCGCCGGCCGGGACAACACUCAGAACGUCCUCGCAUGGGCGCUCUAUUCCAUCAUGGCGGCGCCCGAGUGGAUCGACCGCUUACGUGAAGAAGCGACCGCGAAUAGGCACCCGACGCAUGAAGUAGACUACUCUGAAGUAUCACGCUACCACGUCCACCUCGCUGUAUUUUUUGAAACUGUGCGCUUGUGGCCAGGCUUGCCCAAGAACGCACGGUUGGCUCUACAGGAUGACGUUCUUCCGGCUUUGCCAGAGUAUGAUCUGCCUGCGGUGAAGAUCGAGAAGGGUGAUUAUGUGUUUUGGUCUGACUAUCACAUGAUGCGUAGCUCGGGUGUAUGGGGACCGACGGCCAACAUGUUCGACCCCGGACGUCAUCUAGACUCCGAAGGUCAUUUCACCAAGCCCGCAGCACCCAAGUUCAACUGUUUCGGCGCAGGACCAAGAUUCUGCCCAGGACAGCAGCUCGUCAUGUACGAGUUCGUCGCAGCUCUGGCCGGAAUCCUCCCGUAUUUCGACUUUGCUCCCUCCGAGCGUCCCACGACGUCUGGAUUGACUUACGAGAAGCCGGAGCUAGCAGAGGCGUUCACAGCAUCUUUGACUGUGCCACUGAUAGUCGACACGAAGAUCAAGUUGGAAUACUAG